UUGCGAAAAAAUUAAAUUGUGACGUAGUAAGCUCGCUCCAGUGCACAGCCAAAAAUAACACAUAGUAAAUAUAAAGCUGCUGCUUGGAAAGUGUUCACCGCUAUACUAACAGUACAAGGUGCAUGUGUCCCCAUUGCAGUUCUAUAAAGGCGCAACAUGUUUCGAGCGCCAGUUGAAAUGCAAAUUUGAAAUAUUCAAGUAAAAUAUCAAAACAGUUCUUAUGUGACUAUAAAGCGAAAGAGAACAAAAAAUCCUUUGGAAAAUAUUACACAAAAAUUACAAGUGCAAUCUAACAGUGAAAUCGUGCAAACCAGCAUAAAUAACAAAAACACCGUUAUAGCACUGCAAACCCGUAGCUAUGGAUAGUUCACCCGAUCUAUCCUUGAAGUUACGUCGUGGCUCCAGCGAUUCGCGCGACAACUUCUACAUGGAUUUCGCGCAAGGCAUCGACUCUGACAUCGAAGAGGUGGAUAAUAGCACCUUGACGCUGGAACCUCAACAAGCACCGCCACCACCCUUGCCGUUCGUGGCACCCGAAGAUGCACUUGCCGCCGCUGGUUUUAUACCGCCUCCACCCCUAGCCAUGCAGGGCCAACCGCUGCCAACGCUCACCGAACAUGACGACCUGCCACCAACACCACCACCGCACCACUCAAUCGGCAUCGCAGACGAUUCGCCACCCGCCUCGCCAACCUCAUCUGUACUCGAAAUGAUUCCACCACCACCACUAUCGCCACCCAUGGCCACACCACCGCCUGUUCGCGCCAUGGCACCACCUUCGCCGCCAAUUGAAACCGAAGAUGAGGGUGACGAUGCUGGCGAUGAGGAGGAAGAAGAGGAUGAUGACAAAUCCACUCCGCCACCGCCGUUGCCACCGUUGCCUUCAAAUUUUUCUUAUGUGCAUGGUAACGGUGUACAUGGACCUGGUUUGUCGGGCGCGGGCGUAGCUACACCACCGGUCACUAAGUCACCAUCAACCUCCCCUUCGCCACCAGACACCCCACCGCCAUUACCUAUGAAGUUGGCUUCGCCACCACCAUCCCUGCAAAUGCAAAUGCCCAUGCCGCCAUUGACACCGCCUUCGGAGAGUGAUCAAUCGCAACCUAACUCACCGCCGCCAUUGCCACAUCAUGCCCCAGUACCGCAGUCACCAACACGUUCAGCUGGCUCGGUUGCUAGCUCAGCUGGGUCUCAGCCCCGCUCGAUAGGUUCACAACAGCGCGUAGUCGUGGGUUCACCACCACACGCCACCAGUUCCCAACUACGUUCAAUGGGAUCACCUCAAGGCUCGAUUGCCUCACCGCCACAUUCGGCGGGUUCUCAGCCACGUUCUAUUGGUACGCCACCACGAAGUAGAGAUCCUGUGGCAGAUCGUUCAGUUACACCACCGCCAGAUUUCGGAGAGCCUAGUGAUGUGAUUGCAGCCGCCUUAGCUGCAGCUGUUGAAGUGAAAUCAGCUGAACUGAUUCAGGGCAUUACCCACGGUGCUGCCUAUUAUAUGAUCGACGAAACCAAAUCAUCAAAUGAAGAUGAGUCCACGACUAUAACCACCCCGCCGAGUAAUGGGUAUUCGGCGUCUUCUAUCAUUGCCCCACCCGCUGAUCAGUUGGGUGAGUUGGAGCAGGAUGUCGGUUUGAUGUUAGCUGACAUACCACCCCCACCAGGUAUGGAAGAUGAAGCACCAGAAGAAGAUCAGGUCGAAGGAAUGGAAAUAGAGGAAGAAAGUAAAAAGCAGGCAGAAGAGCCUAUGGAAGUCGACGAAUUAAUUGAAGAAGGUGAAGUUUCAAGUGAAAAAACUCACAUGUCUGAGCGUCAACUAAGCGAUGCUGUAACAGAGGAUCACACAACUGCCGAUACCCCAGCAGACGAGGUGGUUGAGGCUCGUGGCACGCCGACAUCACAAGCAACACCGCGUAGUACGCCGCAUCCUACACCACCACCCUCUGGUUCGCCUAAGAAAAAACGCAGUAGUGUAACCGGCAGCGGUGCCGGCAGUCGUGGCCCAAGCCGUAGCGCUAGUCGUAGCGGUAGCCACAGCGGUAGUCAUGGCGGUAGUCGCACUGCUAGUCGCAGCGGCAGCGUACGCGGCAGUAUUGCAUCACGUGCAGGUAGCAUAGCAGCCACCUCGGUUGCUUCGGCUGCAGCAUCCAUUGCAUCUGGUUCGCAUGGCGCUAUUGAAGUAGCAGCGGCAACGGCAGCAGCUGUGGCAUCACCGCAAACCUCAGUCAAGUCGGUACGCAGUCAACCGUCAAUAAAGUCGUCUUACUCUAAACAUAGCGCAUCGCCACCAAUGAUGAAAAGUCCACCGGAGGGCGAUCGAGCACCGGUGAUGCCAUCGCCACCAACAAUGCGCUCACCACUUCUAUUAAAGAGUCCACCAUUAAUGCAUAGUCCACCGAAGGUGACCAGUCCACCGAGAGUGUAUAGUCCACCGUUGGUAGGUAGUCCACCUACGCGCAAAACGGAUGCUGGAGAUUUGAAAAGAGAAGAGGAAGAAAAGCAAGCAAAGGGUGCAGCUGCAAGCACCUACAGCGGCGAUUCGGCAGCCGCGUCUAGUGAGACCUUAGACGCCGCUUCAGUCGUUUCACCCACCGCGAUGAGCACAGCACCGAUAACAGCGAGCACAUCGCUGAGCUACCAGGACGAACAGCAACCGCAACAGCAUGUGAUGCGCGCUCACCUCAGCAGUCAUCAUCACUACCACCUGCCACAUCAGUUCCAGCACCCACACCAUCAAAAUCAUCACACGCACGGCGGUGUGCCUGUGGCUACGCCCACUGUGCCCGCCAGCUAUGCGGGGACGCAACAUUUACUGCACCACCAAAAAGCGGCGGCAACCUACAGCAGCAGCGCGAUGGAUGAGGAUAGCAGCGGCAGCGUGAGUGGUGGUGGUAGCGGUCCAACACCACCUGCCAAACCGCCACACGUGCAAGAACGUCGCUCACCGCCAAGCGUCGCGAGCGUCACAGCAGCCACAGCAACGUCGAGUGUCAUGCUGGCCGUAGAUGCUGCGUCGACUCCUUCAGUGUCGCCCGGCCGUUUGGCUGCGCGGCUACGAGACUCCGGCUCACAUCAUCGUGUGACCAUCGAUGAAUCGAAUAUGCCUACGUCUUCGGCGCUAAGUCAUCAGCUGGAUGUGAGUGGCGGUGGUGGUGGAGACAAUGGUGAUGCUGGUAGUGGUGGUGGUGGUGGGGCAGGUGGUUCAGGACCACCAUCGCCCGGCUCAUCAAAUCGCAGGCUCUCGUCGGCGCUGGGGGACGAUCGCCAGACAGGACAUUUAGCGUUAAUGUAUCAUUCACAUCAGUUAACCAGCUAUCCGGUGUUGCCAGCCAUUAAACGCACGCAUCGACCGUCGUUCAUUUAUCCGCCGAUGCCGCGAGUCAGAGCUGGUGAUGCUUUAGCAACGCUCUUUUCUGCAUUAUAUGGCAAAUUACUGGUGGUAAUGGGCAUCGCCUUUCCAAUGGCCGAAGUUAUAUCUACUUAUAUACCACCUUCCUUUUAUGAGGUGUAUUACCUAUACUUGUACAUUGGAAGUAUGAUAUUCCUGCUCUUCAUGUAUGCAACACUGCUUUGGGGUCGUCCAAAAAUUCCAGUGAAUAUAACAUCACCCAGUAAAUCCGCUUCAAAAGCACGCUCUUCCACUGCCUCGGAUAGUAUGGACGAAUCGGACACUGACAGCAAUUCGACGCACACCAAACGCAUACCAACGGUGAUACCGGCCCGAAGGCCCUCGCUGUUGGCACCGCUCGGUCGACAACAUCACUAUGGCUCCUUCUAUCUGCGCAUGGGUGCAGUGGGUGAGUAUUUAUGUAUGUAAAUAUGUAGCAUAAACUUUGGGAGAUGAUGCUAAAUCAUCUACCACAUAUACUACUAGCAUACAUACAUAUGAACAUAAGGACGUUGAAGUGGUAAAAGUGAAGCGGCAAAGUUGAACGAAGCAAAUUCUAUAUGUAUGUAGUUUUAAAUAUCCUUUUUUAUUUAUGGGUGCAUGUUUAUGUACUUGUGGAGGUCCAUAUACUUCUACUAUGCAUAUCAACCGUCCGUAGAGCAUCUUGAAUUGCGUGAAAUAAAAUCGCGAGCUCUCGCAUAUAUAUUCGUUGAAUUUAUGAAGAUUUAUUUGCUGACUGUACAGCGUAAGCAUUUUUAUGCAUUUAAUGAAAAUUUAUGAAGCUGCAGCGCUAGACGUACAUAUAUA